AUGGGUAAAACUCCUUUUCCCGAUAAUGCUCCACCAAUUGGAUCAGGCAUGAACGAUCCUUAUGGACAAUCAAACUUUCCUCCACAGCAGCCAGGCUAUGGGCAGGGCUCUGGGCAGGGCUAUGAGCAGAGCUAUGGACAGGGUCAGGGCCAGGACCAUGGUCAGGAGCGAGGACAUGGACAUGGACAUAGACAUGGAUGUGGACGAGGACAUGGGCGUGAGCAUGGACGGGAACAUGGACGGGAACAUGGACGUGAACAUGGACGUGAACACGGUCAUGGACGCGGUUAUGAAAAUGGACCCUCGCAGGGUGGUCAACAUCAGAUAGGUUCCGGAAUAGGCAUGGCCGGCGAACAAAACUAUAGACCUGGAACGAAUAUUUCGAUUGGGAGAGCCGGUGAAAUUACCCCGGAACCUUAUCAACGACCACAGCCAAAUGCUCCUCCCAUAGGAUCUGCCGGAGAGCUGAUGUAUCAUCCAGGAGCUGACCCGUCUAUCGGCACAGCUGGACAAAUACAGCCACCUCCUUAUCAAAGGCAGUUCCCUAACGCUCCUACUGUUGGAUCUGCUGGUAGUAACCAACAAUGGAACAAUUCAGUUGGGAAUGCCAAUGAAGGUCAACAACAAAACCACGGAUUUAUCUAUAACUUGUUCCACCGCAACAAUUGA